AUGGUCCUAAAUAAUGAGUUUUCAGUUGUAAUUAAUGGUGCAUUUGGUGCUAUAGUCAUUCGUUCAGUUUGCUUAUCGGUCGAAGAAAAAGUGUCAGAACAGUGGUGCGCAUUGUUCCAAUUUUAUGCUAUUCCUGUUGACACAAAUACGAAUAUAAAUAUGAAAAUCGACAAGAAUAAAUUUCCAGCAUAUAGUGUGGAAAUUCAUUCACGUUGUGCGGAAACAAUUAAAUAUCUCGAAUCUUCAUCGAAUCGCUCAGUUUUUAUUUCAAGAUUGAAAGAAGUUUAUUCGCAGCAGCCGCAAUUCGGCAAAAGUGAGCUAUCAAGAUGGGCUGUAAUUCUGAACAAUUGUGAUUCGAUUUUGAAUGAAGCAGUUACUUAUGUGUCUAAUAGUGGUUCAUUAAUGAAAGUCGACACUGACGAAAAUAUCAAACAGGAAGUAUACACUGUUCUUGAUUUCACCUCCUUCUUAUUCGAAAAUACUACUUGUCGUUCAGUAUACAAUUCUUGUGAAUAUUUGUUAUAUUUGCUCGAUUCUGGUGAUAUUUCUGUGGUAUAUAAUGUAUUGCGUUUAUUUUUUAUCAUGGGUCGGCGUACGCGAUUUCUAACUCAGCACCUAUUGGAAGCACAUCAGAAGAUGCUUACAACUCGUCUUUUAGCAAUUAAUGAGGUUUUUUGCUAUAUUCCAUUUGCAUUUUCCCUUGAGAGUUGGUCUGGAAGAUUUCGAGAUAUGAAAAUGAUCGAUAUUUUCUCAGCAGAAUUUGAUUCCGCGUCAUUUUUGCCAUUUAAAUUUUGUUCACAAAAUACGGUUUUUUCAUUGGAAAAGAUGGGUAAAACAGUGGCUGAAGAUUUCGAUGAAUUAGUGGAAAAAGAUAAGACGUUAACAGAAUCUGAACGUUGCGCCAUUGUUUCUCGUUUGAGGCUUCUUAGAUGGUUUAGUUCAUUUAAUGGUCGUCGGUUGUGCAUUAAUGUUCGAUUACUCACUUUAUCAAUAAUAGUAUAUACUCGUACUUUGUUCGAUGAAUCUCAGUUGAACUUCAUAUUGUACGACAGUCUUAUUGAAGAAAUCGCCAAUUUGAUUACGGUGAAUUUAAAACCUGCUGAUGCGAUCACCAGUUACAUCAAGAAUGAGGCAUUACGAACUAUUAUAAGCAUCGUUUCACUUGAUAAACCUUCAAAGGUGUCAAAGAUUUUGGAACAUUUGGGAUGUUAUUACUAUCACGGGUUUCUGGCACGAAUAAUGCGUUCAUGUGUCGAAGAUUUGCAAAAAGGAAAAAUUGGAAUGCCAGAUCAUCUGUCUUUUCAGUAUUGUACUUCGUUAUUCUCUCUGCUUUAUCAUCUAUCUGGGUUCGAAAACGGUAUUUAA